AUGGCGGCGGUUGUUGUUACUGGGUGUGAGAGCGGGAGCCUGCGGCCUCUGGGCCUGUCGGAUUUGAUGCUUGCUGUUUGAACUCCGGCGCCAUGCCCGAGUACCUGGAAGACCCGUCGGUGCUGACCAAGGAGCGGCUGAAGAGUGAGCUGAUCGCCCACAGUGUGAAACUGCCGCUGGGGGAGCAGCGCAAAGAUGUUUAUGUUCAACUUUACCUCAAACACCUGACAGCGCGAAACAGCGGCCGGAGCCCCGACUUCUCCAGUGAUGAGGAAGAGAGCGGCCUGGGGGCGGCCCGGGGCCGUGGACGAGGCCGAGCGGGAAAGAAAGCCACAAGGAAGACGGAUAAAACUAACGUGGGAGAAAAAAAUGUAAUAGAUGUGACUGAGUUGUCAGAUGAAGAUUUAAAAGGACAGCUUGUACAAUACGGGUUUUCUGCAGGUCCUAUUGUGGCCACCACCAGGAAGGUUUAUGAGAAGAAGCUGGAGCAGCUGAUGGACCAGGGCUCAGUAACUGAGGAAAACCAGCCGAAUGGGAGUACAGAUUCUGAUCAAUACAGUGACACAGAAGAAGAGAUCAUAAGUGAAAAUAAGGAGCUGUUUACAAGCAAGACCAAGACUCCUGUAAUAACCAGGCACAGAAAAACUGAGUACAGUUGGGUUGAACAAAAAGAAGUACUGAAGGACAACUUGCUGGAAGAAAUGUUCCCAAAUCAGGCACCAACACCUACAGGGAUCAGUGCCACUUGCCGGAGACCAAUUAGAGGGGCUGCUGGGAGACCAAUUGAGUUCAUGUUCAAGGAUGCACUUCCAAGAAGGCCUUUACCCAAAAUCCAGCCAGUGACGCAGGUCAAACCAGAGAAGAGUAAAAAUCACCGCUCUGUCUCCAUCUGGAUGCAGAUUGUGGUGCUCCUCAUCGUGGCAUUCUUCCUGUUCUUGGUGUAUCAAGCCAUGGAAACAAACAAAGGGAAUCCAUUCCCCGUCAUCCCCGAGGGUUCCUCUAAGUCAGCGGCUGGCAGUCACCAAUGAGUAGGACAGCUAAUCGUGGCUACAUCCUCGAGUUCAAAUGUGAAUGAACAGUUUUGUUUUUUAUAUUUGAGCAGAGACUGGGGUAGGGGGAUUAUUGGGAGGAAAGUGAUCACGUGCAAAUGUUUAAUAACGGCAGAAAAGGAAAAUGGACAUCUGAUUUCUGCUUUGGAGAUGGACCAUUAUGUAUCAGGUCUCUGUGCCAUAUAAGGAAAAAAACUCGUAAAAAUUACAGUCUCAGACUUUUUUGUAAACUAUUUUUCUAAAUUUAGAAUUUCUUCACUUUUUUAAAAAAAACAAUUGAUCUGGGUACAAUUGGCACAGUGAGGGUAAGAUAUAAUGUGAUGCUACAAUGUGUGUUUGUAGCCAUUUUAAGUAGUGACCAAUAAGGAUUAUAUAUGAUGUCAGUAGUAAUGUUGAAUCUUUUAUACCUUUUGAGGUGUGGUUAGACUGGGCAUGAGCUCAAAGAUCUAUGUUCUAAAAAUAAUACUGUGAUCCAUGUAAUGUUAGUUGAAUUGUGUUGAUCUGGUAAAAUGAGGAUUAAACUACAAUAAAAGUUUUCUGCAUUGCUGCUUAUAGCAAGAAGUACAUCUACUUCUGGCAGAAUAUGUUUGAAAAACAUUGCAUCUGUCAGUGAAGAAUGUAAUUGGAUAGAAGUACAAAUUGCACAAUGAACCUUGGCACAUGCCAAUCUGUGGCAUCAGAUAUUCUUCACUGUGAGGUUUUCAUUGUUAGAUCAUUGUCUUUUACUAGAGUGUGCUUACAGGCAUAACAUAGACUUGUGUAUUUUAAUUGUCUAGAACCAUGUCUUUUUAGAAGUCAUAUUUAUUAGCAAUACUAAAUGUUCUUAUUAAAAUAAAAUGACUAAAA